UUAUUUCGAUUAAAACCAUAUAAUAUAAAGUUCCUGUCAGAGAAGCGAUUACGGAUUGUCGGUUUUUUCUUUGAAGAAUAUGGGGAAGUUACAAAGGUAAGAGAUGUCCAGUGCUGCCCUAAGGAGUGGGCAAUCUAUGCAUUAAAAUGUGACCAUGAAAAAAGAAAGGGUAAAUUUGAAGAUGAGAAAGCAAGUCAGAUUGAGUUCAUUAAUUACUUCGACAGGUAA